AUGAAGAGACUACGGAUAGAGAGAUGGAGCGGGCAAUUGCUGACACCGCGGACGAGAACGAGAACGAUACAGCCAUGCUGUCUCCGGCAGCAGCAGCAAAAGCUAGCUAGCUAUACAGCGCGCUCCUAUUCCUCCUCAUCAGCAGCAAAACACCCUUCGCCGGACGAUGAACUGGUAUUCGAAGAUGAAGGAGAGCAUCCCGAGCUAUCAGCGUCCGACUACCCUUCGAUACCUUCCUACCCAUCACCACUGCCCUCCGCAGCUCUCGAAUCCGCCAAACUCGCCGCUCUCCAUGCUCGAUUGGGCAUACCCAAGAAGCUUCCCUUACAAACGAUGGCGCGAACCUUAGUCGAUCCAUCCGCCGACCCUCACAAGCAUUUCAAUAAUGCUUCUCUUGCUCAGCUCGGCGGCUCUAUAAUGAGCUACCACGUCUCUGAAUGGCUCUUGUGCACGUACCCGCGGCUCCCCAUGACGGUGCUCUUCGCUGCACAAUACGCCUACAGUGGACCAAAGACGCUGCAACUCGUGGCGCGGGAAUGGGGCGUGGAGACCGCAGCGGCACCGGGCGAGGAGGUGGAUCCUGGGCUGCUGCAAUUCUCGAAACUGGAGCCCGGGACCAAGUAUGGGGCAAAUAGGGAGGGAGGAACUGUACGGCCUGACAGCAGAAGCUACUACCGGAGAGGCAUCAGCAGCCGAGUCGUAUACGAUGAUGAAUUUGGUGACGCGAUCCCGAAACUGAAGGAUCAAAAUGAGCCGCUGCCGGCCGAACUGGCCUACUCAAAUUUUGUGAAGGCUGUCAUCGGGGCUAUAUACCUACACUCCGGGGCCGAGCCCGCGAAGACAUUUGUGAAACGACAUAUCCUCUCCCGACACCUUGCUAUGCCCGGCCUCUUCCAGUUCAAAUUACCCGUGCGGGAAUUAUCUCGAUUGUGUAAUAGAGAAGGAUUUGAAUACCCUGUUGCGAGGAUAUUGAGCGAGACUGGUCGCCUGAGCAGACAUCCUGUAUUUGUUGUGGGGAUUUACAGUGGAAAGGAUAAGUUGGGUGAGGGCUCGGGGCCAAGUUUGCAGGAAGCGAAGACGAGAGCUUGUGUUGCUUCGCUGAAAGCGUGGUAUUUGUACAGCCCCGGAAAGGAUGUUCCAGUGCCGAGCGAUAUGGAAAGCGGCAAAGGGGCUGGGGAGAGGGGUUGGGAGCCGGUGCAUAUUGAUAUGGGCGAGGUUAUACAUUAA